GACAUGCCGAUUAUGCACGAUAGCGAUCGAUACGAUUUAGUCCGAGAUAUCGGGUCUGGUAGUUUCGGGGUCGCCAGGCUGAUGAGAGACAAGCAAACCAAGGAGCUCGUCGCCGUCAAGUACAUUGAGCGGGGAGAUAAGAUCGUGUCUCUAUCAGAGUUUGUCCACCUUUGAAGAUCCAAGUAAUCCAAGGACAUCUUCGUUUUUCUUGUUGACUGCUUGAAUGAAGCUCCGAUUUUACCCGAAGUAAGAGGGAAUCAAUUAAUCGAAGAAGGCCUCUCCAAGAAGCUCUGAUUGUAACUGAAACUAGAGGGAAUCAAUUAAUCCAGGUUAAACAGUCUUUCUUUUUAUCCUAAGAAUGGGUUUGGAAGGAGGGAGAGGAUGGGAGAAGGGAGAUGGUGAUUAUCUUUUCUAUCCUGUGUGGAUGUGCUUUUUGGGAAGGUGAGAAGAUAUGAGGGGAGACAGAGGGGAUAGGUUUGGAAGAUCUGACAGAAGUGGCUAAUUGCAAAAUUUUGCAAUCUCAGGUAUAAAUGUUGCGAGUUGGAUAAACUGAGGUGGUUUUUUGCAAACCAGCGAAAACUGAGGUAUUGAAUUAUCAACCAACCGAAUUUGGCCCUCAAGGCUGUAUUGACUUCCUUUUUCUGGAUUGCUCUUAUUGAGGCUUCAGUGUUGGAUCUUUUGGACAGCUCUCGUGGCUCUUUAUUGUGGAAUGUUUGUUUUCUUGAGCUUCCCAGGAUUGGGAAAUUUGUGCUGUUUUUAACUUUUUCAAAUGCAUUGGUAGUGUUGAUGUGGACAAGAUGCUUUGGAUGGAUUAUGGGAUUAAGAAGUUCACUGUUUGAUCUUUGUACAAGGUUUUUUCAUGUAAGAACCAUAUUCCUUUAUCUUGGAAGUGCAUAAGGAUGAGUAAGGUGCCUUCCAAAUUUGCUUUUUUGCUUAGAUUGCCCCUCUUGGGAAAAUCUUGACUAUGGACAACUUGAGGAAGCAUGGGCUUGUUGUUAUAGAUUGGUGCUAUAUGUGUAAACAAAAUGGUUAACCUGUAGAUCAUUUGUUACUUCACCAUGGGGUUGUAAGGGUAUUAUGGGAUGAAAUUUUUAGCAGGACUAGACUUGCAUGGGUGAUGCCUAGGAGGGUGUGGAUCCUUUUGCUUAUUGAAGAGGCUUUCAAGGCAACCUCCUGAUGGCUGGUGCUUGGAGAAUGAUUCCUUUAUGUCUCGUGUGGUGCAUUUGACUUGAAAUGAAUGGGCAGAGCUUUGAAGAUUGGGAGUGCUCUUUGGAUGAGAUUAGAAAUAGAUGAAAAUGUUCGAAGAGAAAUCAUUAAUCACAGGUCUCUGAGGCAUCCCAACAUUGUUCAGUUUAAAGAGGUGAUUUUAACCCCAACUCAUCUGGCGAUUGUUAUGGAAUAUGCAUCUGGUGGAGAGCUUUUUGAUCGAAUAUACAGUGCAGGACGUUUUAGCGAGGAUGAGGCACGCUUUUUCUUUCAACAACUUAUAUCUGGAGUUAGCUACUGCCAUGCAAUGCAAGUAUGUCACCGGGACUUGACACUGGAAAACACUCUGUUGGAUGGAAGCCCAGCUCCUCGGUUGAAGAUAUGUGAUUUUGGGUAUUCCAAGUCUUCUGUGCUUCAUUCACAACCCAAGUCAACCGUGGGAACUCCUGCUUACAUUGCUCCGGAAGUACUGCUAAGGAAAGAGUAUGAUGGCAAGAUUGCCGAUGUGUGGUCUUGUGGGGUGACCUUAUUUGUGAUGCUGGUGGGAGCAUAUCCUUUUGAGGAUCCUGAUAAACCAAAGGAUUUCUGCAAGACUAUCCAACAUGUUUUUCUUGUUUCCAUGCAGAGAGUUCUAAGUCUCCAGUAUUCCAUUCCAGACUCUGUUCAAAUAUCCCUUGAGUGUCGCGAUCUCAUCUCAAGAAUUUUUGUUUCAGAUCCUGUAGCGAGGAUCACCAUUACUGAAAUCAAGAACCAUGAGUGGUUUUUGAAGAAUCUCCCGGCAGACUUGAUGGAUGAAAGGACGAUGGGCAACCAGUUUCAAGAAGCUGACCAACCGAUGCAGAGCAUUGAUGUGAUCAUGCAUUUAAUUGCUGAGGCAACCAUACCUGCAGUUGGGACUCGUAACCUCGACCAGUAUUUGAUAGACAACCCGGAUCUGGAUGAUGACAUGGUUGAUCUGGAGUCCGACUUGGGGUCCGACUCUGAGCUGGAUAUCGACAGCAGUGGGGAGAUAGUCUACGCACUGUGAACUUAAGUGCUGUGAGCUUGGUAUAGACAACACGCACUUGAGUUCGAUUUCUUGGUCCGCAACAUAGUGUUAGUAGUGCUAGGAAAUUUUACGAGUGCAUCUUGUUAGUAUUAAUUAGUAAUGUCCCUUGAAGUAUAUAUAUUAUUGGACUGAACUGAUGUGCAUCUUAUUUUCAGAUUAUACUUGAUAUUUUUCGUUGUGUUUUGGCUGAGUAGAUGAAUGUAGUUUCCGUAGAAUUUCCAUU